GAGAUAGAAGACUAUGAAGAGAGUGUUUAUCAUUCUCAAAAGAAAAAAAAAAGAAAAGAAACCAGAAAAAAAGGAAAAGGAAGAAGAAKAAGYAGAUUUAAUUAUAUUUAAUGACUUGAAAUUGUCUGGAAAAGUUUAAUACUUUGUCCAAAAGAAAUGUUAGAAGAAAAGAAAAAUGAAAAAGUAAAGAUGGUUUCAUAAUUCUAACAGCUAACGGGCAAGCGCAAAAAAAAAAAGCAUGCAUGUAAGAAAGAAAGAGAGAGAGAAAGAGAAGAAGAAGAAGAAGAAGAAGAAGAAGAAGAAGACUUUGAAGAGCAUGUGCGAAGAAGCUAUCAGUCCGCAGUCGCGAUUUGACACUUGACCCUUGACGUUGACCAAUACGAUUUGCGGUACAAGUCGUGAUCUCGGUAGAUCUCUCUCUAGGAAAGCAUUAUUAUUAUUAUUAUUAUUAUUAUUCCCAUUUAUUUUCAAUCUUCAUCAUAUUAGUUAGUCCGUCUUUUAAACUCGUCGUCUUAUGUUUAGUAUAGUUGGUCGUUAUAAUUUUAAUCGUUGAUUGUUGGUCUCCACCACUAAAUUUAUGUUUUACUUCUUAUACAUUAGAAUAUUAUCCGCGUAAAGAAUAAAAAACUAAUAGUAAUAAUACGAUACCGAAAUAAAAUUAACACAUUAAAAUUAAUAUAAUAAGGAUCGAUUAUGUUAUGAUAUCCAGAAGAGAUACAUCUUUUUUAAGAAAUUGAUAAACCGCUACAGAGAGAAAAAUGAAUGAUACCAGCUCAGAAAGGUUGAAUACAAGAAUGAAUUCUAGCGAAGAAUUCGAAUUAACGAUAGAUAUGAAAUUCAACGAGGGUCAUAUGAUCAGCAUCAUUACCUACAGCGUUCUAAUGGGAAUUUCAGCAAUCGGAAAUAUCAGCGUACUUCUUUUGAUCAUGCGUCGUCGUCGGACAACUAAAUCAAGGAUUUACACGAUGCUAAUGCAUUUAGCUAUCGCUGAUCUUCUCGUAACAUUCCUGAUGAUGCCCUUGGAAAUUGGUUGGUCGAUAACCGUGUCAUGGAAAGCUGGCGAUGCCAUGUGUAGGAUUAUGGCUUUUUUCCGGGUAUUUGGACUCUAUCUUUCUUCAUUUAUUUUAGUCUGCAUUAGUAUGGACAGAUAUUAUGCAGUGAUCAAACCACUUCAAUUAUUGCACGUAGACAGGCGUGGAAAAAUUAUGCUAACGAUAGCGUGGUUGGGUUCGAUAUUUUGUUCAAUACCACAGAUGAUGGUAUUUCAUUUGGAAACGCAUCCAAAUAUUACAUGGUAUUCUCAAUGCAUUACGUUCAAUGCAUUCCCAACUUACACGCACGAGCUUACUUAUUCAUUGUUCGGAAUGGUUAUGAUGUAUUGGUUUCCAUUAACAAUAAUUAUUUUUACGUAUACUAGCAUAUUAUUGGAAAUUUGUAAACGUUCUAAGGAAAGCGUCGAAGACAGGAUACGCCGUUCGUCCUUGGUAUUUCUAAGCCGUGCUAGAAUACGCACAUUGAAAAUGACCAUAAUCAUAGUUGCCGUUUUUUUCAUCUGCUGGACACCGUACUACGUGAUGAGUUUAUGGUAUUGGAUUGACAAAACAUCUGCAAGGAAAGUUGAUCAAAGAGUACAAAAGGGAUUAUUUUUAUUCGCAUGCACGAAUUCCUGCAUGAAUCCUAUUGUUUAUGGUGUUUUUAAUAUUAGGGAUAAGAAAAAGGGAACAACAUCCUUAACGAAUAAUCCUGCUAAAGGACGAGGAAUAUCUCACGAACAAUCGAAAGAUAAUUGUAUACCAAAUACAAAAGAUCGAGUAGUUGAUCUUCAAUUGAAAACCAUAACCGCUAGAUACCUAUGUAAAUUUGAAUCAAGAAAGGAUCAUCGAACUUUGAAGAAAAUUUAACAACGAAUAAUACAAGAAUCAAUGCAAUGAUUUAAUGAAUAAGUUUUCAAUCAUAAUACAAAAAGUAAAUAAUAAUAAUAAUAAUAAUAAU